AUGGGAUUACUUUGCAUUUUUAUUAUUGGUAUAUUAGCUUAUCUUGGCUAUCUUAUUUAUAAGAAAGAAUUAACAUGGCCUAUUGAAGAUUCAAUUAUUUACAAAAAAGUAUUAGUUAUGAUUGAACAAGCAAAUGCCACAAUUAAAGAAAAACAAAAACAUCUUAAAACUGAUGAAAUUACUUCUCCUAAAACAGAAAAAACUCAAACAGAAAUUAAAACAAAGUCUGAUGAUAAUGUAGUUCAUGUACCAAAACCAAAAGGAGAUGAACCAGUUAUAGAAGAUAGACCAAAUGGUAAGAAAGAAGUUGUUUCUGGUGAUAAAAGUAUUUUGAUUGAUAGAAUUAAAUCAAAGCACUUUGAUUCAGUUGAUCAAAAAUUUAAUGAAGCUACUCAAUUAAGAGAGAAAUACAUCAAAGCUAAAGAUGCUAAAUCACCAGAAAAGAAUGAAUUAUUUGAAAAAUAUGAAGCUACUAGAAAAGAGGCAGAAGAAAUGAAAAAGAAAGCAACUAUUGCUAUUUUUGAAGAAGUAAAUAUUUAUAUGGUUGAUGAAGAUGCUAUUGACUUACAUGGUCUUCAAAUAGAUGGAGCUCUUGAUAUGGUUAAAGAUCAAAUUAAUAAAAGAAAAACAGCUGGAAAGUCAAUUGUUAAAGUUCAAUGUGGAAUGGGACAUCAUAAUACUGUUGGAUUCUCUAAAAUUAAAGAGGCUGUAGUUAAAUAUUGUCAAGAUGAAAAGUUAUCAUUUACAGAAGAUAAAGAACAUGGAUUUGUAAACAUUUCAUUAUAA